AAUUGAACUUCAUGCAGCUCUAGGCAACAAGUAAUCUUUGUUUUAAUCAUUUCAAGAUCAACUAUGCUUUCGCUCUUUCAGGUACUUGAAAUUCUGCAAAAUGCUGAGUUGUUUUCAUGAAAUUUCAUCAGGUGGUCACAGAUUGCAGCACAACGGACCACAGAUACACACUGGAAGGUUUGAGCUCGAAGAGCAACGCUAACAUCAAGAACAAUUCGACGCAACCACUAAGGAAUUCUUCCUGGAGAGGGAGGAGCCUUUGCUUUGCAUGUAAGGAAACUUUUGGAGAUUGAAUUCCAUCAUGGGGGGGCAAAAGCUAAUCAUUCCUAGUAGACCGGAGCAGAAAUUCACCUAGCAGCCUAUGAAGUGUUGGUGCCUGUUUUGAAAGCAGUGUGCUGCUUUCUAUCCAUUGGCUUUCGAUAUGAUAAUGACCCACAAUAAAUCAGCAAUUACAAAUGGAGGAGACAAACCCUUGCUGGAUCCUUUGGUUCUUAAUUUUCUUCAAAAUAUAAAUGAUCUCCUUGCAGUUGGAGUUCUGGCACGAAGUCGACGAGCAGUUUUGAUGAACUGGAAGCAUCAGGACUGCAAACCCCUACCAGAUCCCCAAAAGUGUACCAGGCGAAUCUUGGAUCAAGCUCUUCGAGAGAUUGCUCUUCUCAACAUGGAUUGUGGAACUGAUAGAAACUCAGAUGGUGAAACCUCUGUCAAUAAUGUUGACAUAGAAGGUUCUCAAGAAGUUACUACUGAUGCUAUCAGCACUCGAGGCCCUGAUGUCGAAUUGAGAUAUGCACAUGAGGUAGCAGGCAACCGGGAUGAUUGCAGCACCAGUGAAACACAUCAGUCUGGAACUUGUUGUAGAAGGUCCCCAAGAAGCAGAAGUCAUACAACUGGAGAAAGGAGCAGGCGCAAGAGAUGAAGAGGGAGAGU